UAGUUCCGUCGCGUUUCUUUAACGAUCGUUGGAUCGUUCAUUCACUCAUAAAUUUCGUCGACUCUUUUAUGUCUUCAUAAUUUAUAUUUAAAAUAGUUGAAAAAUAGUCAUAAUUUAGGUAAUUUUAGGUCGAUUUUAAUUACUUAUCAUUUUUAUAUCAACGUUACACAUUUCAACACAAUCAUGAGUUCUGGUGGUACUCGCGUGUAUGUCGGCGGAUUAGUGGAAGGCAUCAAGAAGGAAGACCUCGAAAGAGAAUUUGAUAAAUACGGGAAACUAAACUCGGUGUGGGUGGCUCUCAACCCUCCCGGUUUUGCCUUCAUAGAAUUUGAAAACUUGCAGGAGGCUGAGGAUGCGUGUAGCGCGAUGAACGGAUUCGAGAUGUUAGGCGCGACCCUAAAAGUAGAGAUCUCUAGGAAGCGGGAUGGACCCCGCAGGGGUGGCGGCUUCCGAGGUGGACGUGGAGGCAACUUCAGAGGCCGUGGCUUCGGAGGCCCACCUGGAGGUGGCAACCGAUCCUUCAACUCGUACGGCGGGGGCCGGCCCUACAAUCGCAACAACCAGCGCGAUGAGUAUGGCUCCGGCGGCGGCAACUUCAGAUCUAGGUCGCCAUUGUCUCGAUAUUAAUUUAGUAUUAGUUUUAUGUUAGGUGUUAGUGUUAUCGUAAUCUGAAGCCUUCUAAGUGUUAAAUUCAAUGUCUGGUAAAAACUGGGGGUUCAAUGUUAAUACUAGGAGGUGUUCCAUUGAUGUCUCAAGGAAUUAGAGGUAAUAGCUUUUGAUUUAUCUAUCAUGUAAUUCAGUGUGUCUAACUAAAACUUUGUCUAAUAAUUAGCAUUUCAAUGUAUGUAACUCGUAUCUUUCAUUCAAUAAAUUUAUGUGAAAACAACUUUUGUUGUUUAUUCACUUAUUGAUA